UGCAUUUUCUUUUCAGAUGAGCCCUCUAUGUCCGAAAUGAGCCAUUCCAAUGGGAUUUACAGCAAUCUCAAUGAAGCAUCCCCUGCUCUGGGGAGACAGGCUGGGACCAAUGGGAGCUUUGCUCUGGAUCACAGCGCUAUCCCAGCUCAGGACCAGUACCACGACCUGCGAUCCAACAGCCCCUACGGGAUACCCCAGUCACCAGCCUCCUUGCAAGCACUGCCGGGCCACCAGCCUUUAAUCUCCAGCUUGGUUUACCCAGACAACGGCUUGGGCAUCAUGGGACAAAGCGGACAAGGGGUGCCCCAGUCCAUGAGGGUCCUGGCUGGGAAUGGACCCAGCUCUGACCUCUCCACCGGCAGCAGCGGGGGAUAUCCAGAUUUCCCUGCCAGCCCGGCCUCUUGGCUGGAUGAAGUCGACCACGCUCAGUUUUGA